GAUCUAUCACGAUAUCCGAUAAGUUGUCAGCUAUUGAACAACUGUACAGCUGUGAUGUGUUGCAUAGAUGUACCAUUCAUCAAUAGAACUUUUCAAGUUACAUUUGGAGUUCACCAGGAUGAUCAGCUGUAUUAUAUUGGUAUUGAAAAAUUGAAUUUCCGAAUACCGUUCCAACAUUUUACAUUUGGUGAUGAUCAUGAGUUUUUAUUAUACGGUAUCCUUAGAUUAAGGUAUAAUAUUGUAGACUUGGCGAGUUUAAACCAGUUCCUUGUCUCGUUUGAAGUAUCAAUGUGCUGGGAAAGUUACAAAAACUGUGAUUGGCAGGUGAUGAUACUGGACAAUGCAGUAUUACCAAAAGGGAAGCAAAACACGCAUAUCGGUUAUGCCCUAAAAGAUUAUUCAUUAUCAUCGUGGGGCCUCAACAAUAGUGUUGAUACACAAAAUCUAAAUAACUUUAAAAAGUCACUCUUGUACAAUGACCUAGAUAUUGGUUGGUAUCUAUCUUUAAGAUGCAAAGGAGGAGAAAAAAUGUUGUCUGCUGAGACCAAUGGCUCAGUUUGUAGCGACAAUGUAUUAGCUGAACAUAUUCAUUGUCAGUUUAUAAAUACAUGUACGGAGAUUCAGUGCUGUAUACCAGUACCAAUCCUACAAAGAUCGUUCUAUUUUAGUCUAAAUCUGGACGUUUGUAACUAUAACUUAACAGUCUACAUAGAAAAUUUUGUGUACCAUAAGAUGUUAUAUGAAUAUAACUGGGGUACAGAAGACAGUUUCUGGAUAAAAGGUGUAUUCAGAAUAAGGUACCACACAUUUGCUAGUUUUCAAAUGAAUUAG